UCCAUCUCCACCACAAUGGCGGCGGCGGCGGCGCCGGCGCUGCCUCCCCCCGCCGCCCCCCUCCCCCACCCCAUCGUCGACCACGACGUCUGGCUCGCCUGCGCCGUCCCCCUCUCCCGCCUCCCCGCCGUCGGCGCCCAGGUCUACUACUUCCCCCACGGCCACGCCGAGCAGUGCCCCGACGACCUCCCGGCGCCGCUCCCCACGCCGCACCUCUUCCCCUGCGUCGUCACCGCCGUCACCCUCGGCGCCGACGACAGGACCGACGAGGUGUUCGCCCAAAUCUCCCUCCAGCCAGGACCCCACCACCACCACAACAACGUCGUCAACAACCACGGCAACAUCGCCUACUUCGCCAAGCAGCUCACGCAGAGCGACGCCAACAACGGCGGCGGCUUCUCCGUCCCGCGCUACUGCGCCGACCACAUCUUCCCCAUGCUCGACUUGGACGACGACCCGCCCGUCCAGAACCUCCUCAUGCGGGACGCCCACGGCAACCACUGGCACUUCCGCCACAUCUACCGCGGCACGCCGCGCCGCCACCUGCUCACCACCGGCUGGAGCAAGUUCGUCAACGCCAAGCUGCUCGUCGCGGGGGACACCGUCGUCUUCAUGCGCCGCCCCGACGGCGACCUCCUCGUCGGCCUGCGCCGCGCACCCCGGUACCCCGUCGUCGACCCCACCUCCACCACGGCGCCGCGCAACGCGCGCGCGCGGGUGCCGCCAGGGGAAGUCAUGGACGCCGCGCGCCUCGCCGCCCAGGGAAGCCCCUUCACCGUCACCUACUUCCCGCGCCAGGGAGCAGCCGAGUUCGUCGUGCCGCGCCAAGAGGUGGAGGACGCGCUCAGAAGCCGCUGGGAGCCAGGAACGCAAGUGCGCAUGCAGGUCAUGGAGGCCGAGGACGCGCGCCGCACAGACUGGGCAAACGGCACCGUCAAGGCGCUCCACCCCAACAUUUGGAGACCGCUCGAGAUUGACUGGGAUGACUCCUCGCCAUUCUCAAAGACAAGGAACAAGUAUGUAAAUACUUGGCAAGUCCAGUUUGUUUCAUUCCCUCCUCUUCUCAAGAGACUGAAGAUUUCGGACACAAUUCCACCUUUGUGCGCUGGAGAUGGCUCCUCCUUGACCGCCCCACUGAUGAUCGGACCGGAAAGCAGUGCGAUGGCUAUACUGUUGGGGCCACCAAUUCCUGCUGGCAUGCAGGGAGCUAGGCAUAGCGGCCCUAUUGAUGUACCACCACCCUCUUCAUCCACCGUAGGAAUGCUGACAACUCAGCAAUUCUUCCCCCUGUCCAGCAGGGACCUUCUUCAGAUGCCACCGAGUGUAAUCAGCUGUGGCUCUUCUGGGAUUUUUGAUCCUGAAGUUGGUUCUCCUCCCAACAACUCAGUAAACACGCCUCCGCCUGAGCUUCCUGUCGAAGCGAAGAGCAUACAACUUUUUGGCGCCACAAUCACACCGCAUUUUGCACAAAUUGCUACCAAUGGUGCUUCCGAAGAAGUGAAUGGAUCUACUAAUGGUGUGGUUGAUGAAGAUGUUGGAAAAGAUUUCUAAUCCAUAUAUAUGCAGACGCGCGUACUUGAAGAUCAGAAGAUGGUUGGAUGAGACUGACUCCCUCUGCAUCUGCAUUUGUACCGGAGGAUCCAACCGAGUGUCUGCUUUGUGGUGCAUGCCGCAGUUUAUCAGUGAGCAGCUUUAUUAGUAAGCUGGGUCAUUCAACCCUGGCGACCUAGUUAACUCUGUGCUGGUUGUUAUAUUAGCUAGAGAAGUUCGUCGGAAAAAAAUAGCUAGAGAAGAGAGAAGCUUGUGGAACACCCUUGGUACUUGUUGCAGAGAGUGUGGUUUGUGGAUUGCAUUCUCUGUUCCAUUUCGAGGUGUUUCUUUUUCGCGUAGUUUGUUUGACUAAUACUGGUUGAUUCUGGGAGAGAAUGUGGUCUGGUCUGCUCUUGUGUGGUGUAAGGGAUCGCUUGUGGAACUAAUGUAUGUUUUUUUGGUAUGGAUCAUUGGUCGUCCUUACCUUUAAUCGUAAAAUAUGAUAUGAUGUUUGUCUU